CCUAGAGUAGGACUACUUCAAACAAAGACCUCAUAUAAAUAAAAUAAAAACAACAUAAUUCUACUUCCAUUGACAACUUCAAAAAACUUUAUAGUUUCAAAAUUCAAAUAUGCUUAUAUUAUGUAUAUGUAUGGAUUUUGAAUUAAAAGUACAAAAAAUCCAAACUCACUAUCUAGAUCUCCUCAAAUCAUACUAUCCAAAAAAAAAUCAAGAAAAAUGGAUUUUUUUUGUAAGUUUUUUGGUUUUGUGAGAAUUUUAAAAGAAUCCAUUCAACUUAUUCCAAAAAAUGGAAAAAUCAUGGGAUUUAUUACCAUUUUUUAUCUUCUUUUCACCUCAAUAUUUUUUUUAUUUUUCAAAUUCACCUCUGAUUCUUUGUUAAGAGAUAUAUUUAUCAAAGAAUCUUUCAUUCCUAUUUCUAGUAUAAAUGGUUCUUCACUAAGUAAUCUACUUUCUAGUAUUAACAAAAAUUUAAAACUUGUUUUAGCCAUUGAUUUUUCAUUAAUUUUUUCCUAUUUAUUCAUCUCAAUUUUCUCCACCAACACAAUAAUUUUAAUUUCUUCUAUAUCAUACUACAAUAAAACUUUAAAUUUCAAAGAUUUAGGUAUCAAGAUUUUAAAAUCAUGCAAAAGGCUUAUUUUCACAAUGUUUUACACCACAAUUAUUGUUAUUGGAUAUUUUUUCUUUUGUUUUUCCAUGGCAACUCCUUUUUUAGCUACCUCUAACUUAUAUGAUUUUUCAAUGGUUAUUAUUUUCGCGAUAAUCGCGUACAUUAUCUAUCUCUAUUUAUCGAUCGUUUGGGUAAUGGCCUUAGUAGUUUCAAUUGUUGAAGAAGGUAAUUAUGGAGUUAUGGCUCUUGGAAAAGCUAGAAAAAUAAUUAAGGGAAAUGAGAUGAAAGGGUUUAUUUUAAAUGUUGUGUUCAAUUUAUUGGCUUUAGUUAUUUUUUGGGGUACUCAAAUUAUUAUUAAGAAAUGGAGUGUUAACAAGAAAAAUUCAAUGUUGAUUUUGGUUAAUGGUUCUUGUUUAUUGAAGGUGUUUGAGUUAGUGAAUUAUACGGUUUUAUAUUUUCACUGCAAGAAAGAAAAAGGGGAAGAAGAGGUAAUUGAAUUACAAGAAAGUAUUGAAUAUAGCAAAAUAUAUAAUUUACCAUUAAUUAUUGAUGCUACAAAUUAAUCGAAAUCGAUCGUUGUAAUUGUUAAUUUUUGCAAGAAAGCUAAGUCCUAUAAUAUGAACGAGUCAUCAAUUUGUGUCGAUAUUGACUAUGUACUUUUCAAUGAGAAUUGUCAGCUCGAGUUGAUUAGAUCUCAAUUAUUUGUAAAAAAAAAAAAAGUAAAGAAAAAUGAGUCUAGCUCAAGUUGAUUAUGUAAUUUGUAAUAGGUCAAUAUUUAUGGGGAAAAAAAAGCUUUGAAUUUCAGAUUAGAUUACUCUAACCAUGUUCAAAUUUGAUUUUAGAAAUAUAAUUAAGUUUGUCAA